UGAAUGGGAGGAUAGUUCAGGCUUCAUUCAGACAUGUGAGCCGAGCUCAGCACCAUCCUGCCCUGUGUGUGUCAGCCUCUCCCUCUGGCUCCUCAUUACCCAGCAUGCAGUGGGGGAUUUAACACCAAGAUGGCUGACACUAUGGAGGAGUAUGAGAAAGACGCUAGCUGCGUCCCGAUCCUGCACCCGGAGGAAAUCAAGUCUCAGGGUCAUUAUAAUCAUGGAUAUAGCAGUGAAUCCAUGGGUCGGAAAAGUCACGUAGAUGACUACAGUACAUGGGAUAUUGUUAAAGCUACACAGUAUGGAAUCUAUGAGCGCUGUAGAGAGCUAGUGGAAGCAGGCUAUGAUGUGCGACAGCCUGACAAAGAGAAUGUUACUCUGCUUCACUGGGCUGCCAUCAAUAAUAGGAUAGAUCUGGUGAAGUUCUACAUAUCGAAAGGUGCUGUAGUAGACCAACUUGGUGGGGAUUUAAAUUCUACUCCUCUGCACUGGGCAACAAGACAGGGGCAUUUGUCUAUGGUUGUACAGCUGAUGAAGUAUGGUGCCGACCCCUCAUUGAUUGAUGGAGAAGGUUGUAGUUGUAUUCACCUAGCCGCUCAGUUCGGACAUACCUCGAUUGUUGCAUAUCUCAUAGCUAAGGGACAGGAUGUCGAUAUGAUGGAUCAAAAUGGAAUGACUCCGUUAAUGUGGGCAGCUUACAGGACACACAGUGUGGAUCCCACUAGAUUGCUCCUUACCUUUAACGUGUCCGUAAAUCUUGGGGAUAAAUACCAUAAAAACACUGCAUUACACUGGGCUGUUUUAGCUGGAAACACUACAGUCAUAAGUUUGCUUCUAGAUGCUGGUGCCAAUGUGGAUGCUCAGAAUAUUAAGGGAGAGUCACCACUUGAUUUAGCAAAGCAAAGAAAAAAUGUUUGGAUGAUCAACCAUUUACAAGAGGCAAGGCAAGCCAAGGGCUAUGACAAUCCUUCAUUCCUCAAAAAACUAAAGGCGGAUAAGGAGUUUCGGCAAAAGGUGAUGCUUGGAACACCGUUCUUGGUGAUUUGGCUGGUUGGUUUUAUAGCUGAUCUUGACGUUGACUCCUGGUUAAUCAAAGGUCUCAUGUACGGUGGAGUUUGGGCAACGGUACAAUUCCUAUCAAAGGCUUUCUUUGAUCACUCCAUGCAUAGUGCACUUCCUCUUGGAAUUUACCUGGCAACCAAGUUCUGGAUGUAUGUCACCUGGUUCUUCUGGUUUUGGAAUGAUUUAAACUUUGUGUACGUCCAUCUUCCCUUCCUGGCUAAUAGUGUAGCCUUGUUCUACAAUUUUGGAAAAUCUUGGAAAUCUGAUCCUGGGAUUAUCAAAGCCACAGAGGAACAAAAGAAAAAGACAAUCGUAGAGCUCGCCGAGACUGGGAGCUUGGAUCUAAGCAUAUUCUGCAGUACUUGUUUGAUAAGGAAGCCAGUGAGGUCUAAGCAUUGUGGCAUUUGUAAUCGCUGUAUAGCAAAAUUUGACCAUCACUGUCCUUGGGUCGGUAACUGUGUAGGUGCAGGAAACCAUCGUUAUUUCAUGGGAUACCUGUUUUUUCUGCUCUGCAUGAUCUGCUGGAUGAUCUAUGGUUGUAUUUCCUAUUGGGGAAUACACUGCGAAACAACGUACAGCAAGGACGGCUUCUGGACAUAUGUUACACAAAUUGCUACCUGCUCCCCGUGGAUGUUCUGGAUGUUCCUUAACAGUGUGUUUCAUUUAAUGUGGGUGGCCGUGUUACUGAUGUGUCAGAUGUACCAGAUAUCUUGCUUGGGUAUUACAACAAAUGAACGGAUGAACGCCAGGAGAUAUAAACACUUCAAAGUCACAACCACAUCCAUCGAAAGCCCUUUCAACCAUGGAUGUAUCAGAAAUAUCAUAGACUUCUUUGAGUUCCGAUGCUGUGGCCUCUUCCGCCCUGUUGCUGUGGACUGGACAAGGCAGUACACAAUAGAUUAUGACCAAACAUCAGGCUCAGGCUACCAGCUGGUGUAGUUUCCACUUAAAGCGCUACAUGGCCCCAUCUGGUUGGUGCCUGAAAAUGUCUACUUGUCUCUCGCGAAAACUUGCCCCUUGAACUAUAGCAUGCUGUUUGUAGGGCUAUUGAAUCUUACAGUACCUUCUCUGUCAGCAUUUUAUCAACCACAGUGACCAUGGACAGGACCUUUCUGCCCACACUGACGUAGAGGAAGAAGAAAUUUUGAGAGAGGAUUUUGAGGAAUCCUUUGGAUUAUUUUUGAACAACCGUGAAUCUGAGAUUAUAAUUAAUUUUUAUUACGAUUAUUUAUUUUGCACCGUUCACAACAAAGCAUGGCAUUGCUCUUUCAACAAGUCAGUCGUCUUCAGCUUGAACAAAACCCAUUGCCAUUUUUCUUUCCAAAUACGCCCAGCAGAGUAAUGCUUUGUAGGACACCAUCAUAAUCCCCCAAUGUGGCCUGGCUUGAGCUAAGAGUCUGUGGCAUUAUUAUUCCUGUAAUGUGAUCUCCCACAGUUGUGCUCUGUUAUUGUGUCGUUGAUAAUGUGAAUUUUGAUGCCAGGCUGAAGAAUUGUGAAUUUCUAUUGGCCUUUCAGCCUGUUGGGUUAAGUUGGUGAGACGGGCACAUGAGGAUAACAACAACUGAAUGUAUGUUUCCUACAUUUUAUGACUGUCAGCUGUUCCUACCAUCUGUUUCAUCUGUGGAAAUCCAACGUUACAUUUCCUUUUCUGCAGUAAAAGCAGAUCUCUGCAGAUGCAUGCAAGUAGUGUUCUCUAGGAUCGCGAAGAAGCUUUCCAUAAUGAAUCGCCAAAUAAUUCACUGUUUUUGAGAUCUUGCACAGAACUGGUGUGAUCACUGGAUGCUCUCAUUUCUUGGACGACUCCGCAUUGUGCACUGAAGGAACGGCGCCGGACACACCUAGAAUGUCAAGGAAACACAGUGGUCUUUUUUUUUUUUUUAUGUUCUAACUAGAAAAUGUUCCUUUGUAAGAUGGUGAAAAAGAAUUGAACAUUUUUAAGACACACAAAUGUUUUGUGAUGCUUUGAAAUGGUGAUACCUUAAAGCAAUCUGCACACCUUCAUUUUAUUAACUGGCUAGCUGCAAAGUUCCUACAGUGCAGUUUACUUGGAUGGCUUCUCUUUGGGUACAGAACUGUUAGGAAAAUAUACUAGAGCUGUUUAGCUUUGGAAUAUCCACAAUUGGCUGUAAACCAGUUCUAUGCUGGCUAUGCAGGGUAGCGCCGCUCUACUGUGAAAACCUCCAAAUAUACAUGUUGGUUACUGGUACUUUUUCUCCGGGUGCCAUGUUCAGACAACCUCCCACUCGUCACAAAUUUGGAAUAUGGAUAUAUGGACAAGCGAAGGUAGACAUGUAAUAGAAGGCUUUCAAAAUUCCUUUCAAUGUAUAUAGUUGGACAUAUGGAAAGAACUCACACUCUGGAAUCCGGCCAAAUUCUUUAUUCGAUAAUCGCCAAGUACAAAGUAACUGCUAACAUGUUUUGGUGAAGAGCCUUGUUCACAGUGAACAAGGCUCUUUGCCGAAACAUGUUAGCAGUUACUUUGAAUAAAGAAUUUGGACGGAUUCCAGAGUGUUCUUUCCAUAUGUCCAACUAUAUACAUUGAAAGCCUUCUAUUACAUGUCUACCUUUUGCUUGUCCUGUAGAUGUUCGGUGCUUAGCCGGUGUGUCUGCCUUCGAGAAUGGCUAGUGCUGAAAAGCGACACUGUGGAGUUGAUUACUAAAGGCAAAUAUGCUGAUUACUUUGCAAGGGAAUUUUCCCUUGGCUUCGUGAAUGAGGUGAAUCUCUGCUGACUUCUAUCAUCUAAACAUGUACUACUUCUUUUUUUU